CUUGGCCAUUGUUAGGAGUUGUGUCAUAGCGAGUAAAUUUUUGGCGCCGUUGCCGGGGACUUUCUAAAUUAUUAGGAAAGGCACAAGUUUGUUACUUUAGCAUUUUUCUUUACUUUUCCACCAUUGCUUUUCACUUGGGUGUUUUUGUUUUUGUUGGUGCAAAUCUGAAUCAUGGAUCCUCAUGACUUCAACAACCAUUGGGGGUAUCCACCACCAUCCGAGUGGUAUUACCCCGAGACUCCCUGGAGCAAUCAAGGAGGAGAAGACUAUGGAUUCAGGUUCCGGUACCAACCCCCUUAUUAUGUAGAACAAUCAAACCCCUGGGCAUAUCAAGAACAAACUCAUUAUCAAGAAGAAUUUCUCCCACAACUAGAAGGGCCAUCGGAGCUGGAGUUACCCAUGGCGGCCUUCACGGGGCAUUAUGCAGAGCGAGAAAGGGUGCAGAAAGAAGUUGUGGAGGAUGACGAAAGUGAAGCAGAAGGAGUUCUUGAUCAUUUCCCAGGGGUGAUACCACAUGAAGAAGGAAGGGAGGUUGAAGAAGCAAUUGGCGUCAAGGCCGAGGAUGAAGUUGAGGUGGAAGAGGCUUGCACCGGCCAUUAGUUACAUGUGAUAUCCCCACCAAACUUUGAGGAAUUGCUUAGCAAGGACCCGUUUGCAGUGUCUCUUUGCCAGAACAAGGCCACAUCGACAUCGAUCCCUCUUGGUGGACGCGAUGGUGGUCAUCGAUGUUGUCAUUUCUGGUGUGGGGCAAUGAGACGAGAGAAGAGAAGAAGAGGUCUCGAGGGUGGAGACUUCAUCUGCAUCAAGUGCACGAGCUUCCAUCACCUGUCAUACCACAUGCUCGUGACUUGAGACUCCACCUCAUCGAUGAGAACCUAAACUUCAAGGAGUUUUUGGGGUGGACCGAAUCAUAGGACCCUUCGUCCGGCUCAGGACGUGAAAGAAGCGCUUGUUGGGAGGCAACCCAACCAGUCGGUUUGCAUUCCUUUCUCUAUUUCGCCUCGGUUGAGUCAGUUUUGUUAUUUGAUUUUAGAGUCAAUAACUCAACCUUUGUGAGGUUUUGUGCGGUGUUUGUGUUCUGACUACUCUCUCCUCCUGGAAUGCACCGCCUGCCCCGUCCACCAUCAUUCACCCUUGAUCUGGUAACUUCGUUCUACCCUCCUUAUCCUUCCUCCAUUGAGGACAAUGUCGUGCUUAAGUGUGGGGGGAUAUUCGAUUAUGUAUGCGGGUGAAUGUUUGGCUGUUUGUGUGCUUGGAGUCUAGUCCACUGUCCAAAUUUUUAAAUUUGAGGGCUCCAAGUACGUGUUCCCUUGCAAAUUUCCUGCUCAGUAUGCUUUGAAUUGAAAGUCUCUAUAGUAAUGUGCAACCUAGGGAGGUAGUGUAGCACUAUGGAGGAUAUUGAAGUAUAAGAUUUUUCCUAUCUAGCUCUCCGCUGUGCCAGUUGAUUUUGUGAAUUAGUGGAGCUAAGACCAUUGAAUUCAUGUGGUAAUUAGGGAUGGCAACAAAACCCGAACCCACGGGUACCCACCCGACCCAACCCGGUCAACGCGGGUAAAACCCGUGUUGACGGGUUUUGGGCCGGGUUCGGGUUUAAACCCGCUACACUAUUCAUCGGGUCGGGUUGGGUUUGGGUUUAGGUAAACCCGCCCCAUGGGUACCCGCCCACACAUAUAAUUACUUUCCCGGUAUAUUUAAUAUUCUAAAUAAUAUAUCUUCCUUAAACAACUAAUAUUCUUUAUGUUUGUGGAGACAUGUAUAAUUUGUUCUUUCUAAUUGUUUAGAAUGAAGUUGAUAUUAUGAA